AUGGAGCAGGUGGGAACAUGGGUCAACCGGAAGCGGACUAAUCAGAGACCGGAAAAACGUCAGAGUUGCCAUAUAUCUCUCCGCUCAGCUCUCACGGAUCCCGGGUCACCCGAGUGGCAAAUAUGGCGGUCCUUUGAGGAAAUAUCACUAGCAGUAACACAUUUAUCGGGCAUGGGUCCAAAUAGGAAACUGGCCGAGGUGCUAAGUCAGCACUGGCCGGGGACAAGCAAUAAGAGGCACCUUGAUCAAAGCAAGCGAGCAAAAACAUCCCUGUCAAGUUCGAAGCCAUUUGAUACGUUAAACAAAAGCAGAAUAUAA